CGCUCCCGGGCUGCGUUGGCGCACGGCGGCGGCGGCGGCGGCUGCUCUCCGGGCAGCACAGAGGGAACCCCGAGCCGGGCCAGGCACCUGCCCCACUCCAGCGCUCGUCCCCCCGGGGCGGCCGGCGGGUCCCAGCGGGAUGGGGAAGCAUAACAGCAAACUGCGCCCGGAGAUGCUCCAGGACCUGCGGGAAAACACCGAGUUCUCCGACCUGGAGCUGCAGGGCUGGUACAAGGGUUUCCUGAAGGACUGUCCCUCGGGCAUCCUCAACGUGGAGGAGUUCAAGAAGAUCUAUGCCAACUUCUUCCCCUACGGCGACGCCUCCAAGUUCGCCGAGCACGUCUUCCGCACCUUCGACACCAACGGCGACGGCACCAUCGACUUCCGAGAGUUCAUCAUCGCCCUGAGCGUCACCUCCCGCGGGAAGCUGGAGCAGAAGCUCAUGUGGGCCUUCAGCAUGUACGACCUGGAUGGCAACGGCUACAUCAGCCGGGAGGAGAUGCUGGAGAUCGUGCAGGCCAUCUACAAAAUGGUCUCCUCCGUGAUGAACAUGCCUGAAGACGAAUCGACCCCGGAGAAAAGAACGGAAAAAAUCUUCCGACAGAUGGAUACUAAUAACGACGGGAAGCUCUCGCUGGAGGAGUUCAUCACAGGUGCCAAGAGCGACCCGUCCAUCGUGCGCCUGCUGCAGUGUGACCCCAGCGGUGCCAUGCAGUUCUGAGCCCCACGGACCCCCCACAGCCCCCCGCGGCCCCCCAAGGCACCCCCGACCCUGCAGCUGGCCACUGCCACCGUCCCUUGCCCGGCCCCCCGCGGUCCCCACCCUGUGCCCUCACAGCCCCCUCUGGGAUGAGAGCUGGAGCCCGGCCGAGGCUGCAGUGAGGGGGAGCACAGGGGGAUGGUCCCCGUCGCUGGGGAGGCUCCUGUGCUGGGGGGAAGGAUGGAGGCAAGGUCUGCCCCGAGCAAGGAUGGUCCCCCCAAUGGCGGGGGGUCGGAGCAGGGGGACAGCCCAGGCCGGCAGGAAAGGCUGGCAGUGAAGCCACCGGUGCAUCUCUGUCAGGUGUGGGGACACGGCCUGGCCCGGGGGACAAAGACCCGGUGGCUCGAGGACCACUCCCCUCACCCCCCCCCCCCCCGCAUGCACACACUGCCACGGGCGUGGGCUGGGCCAGCCCCUUCCCCACGGCCGGCGCAGGGGUGGGAGCCGAGGAGGGGGGAUGCGCUUCUGGUCUUUUAAUACCUGCAGAAUAAAGUUUAUGUCAGUGCA